AAAUUGCAGUUAAUGAACUGGACAUGAAAACUUCUAGAUAGUAACCGAAGAAAUACAUCAUAACACUUCAAUUUAUUUGGUGUACGAAAAAGGGCCUAUUGUUCAAAUUCCUAUCUUUAUUCCUAUCUAAUCCUAUCUAGGGCUUUAUUUUCUGCGAUGACUGAUUGGACCUGUGUUUCAUUUGAUGAAGCAAAAAAUGUGCUACGUAAAUGGCGUGAAGAACAUGCACGUCGAUCAGUGGAAACGGUAGAAUUAUGGGAGCAUGUUUUAAGUCGUCAUCCUCGUUCAUUGGGUGAUGAAUUAUGGCUUAUUUAUGAACAGGUUUGCAUAGCAGCAUUAGAUUUAGCCAGAACUGAUGUUGUAAUGGAAUGUAUACAAGCAUUACAAGAAAGAUUUCCACGAAGCAAUCGAGUCUUGAAACUACAAGCAAUGCGUCUUGAAGCUUUAAAACGGUACGAUAGCGCGACGCAUUUAUAUGAACAACUUAUUGAAUCAGAUCCAACAAAUAUGUCAUAUCGCAAACGAAAAAUUGCAAUUUUGAAAGCGCAAGGUAAUCGACAGGAAGCAAUUCGAGAAUUGAAUGAAUAUUUGAAAACUUUUAUUUCUGAUACGGAAGCAUGGCUGGAGCUUUCUGAUUUGUACUUGCAAGAGAGUGAUUACCCACAUGCAGCACACUGUAUGGAAGAACUUGUCUUAUCUAGUCCACAUAAUAGUUUGUAUUUGCGGCGGCUUGCGGAAAUACGCUACACGCAAGGUGGUUCAGAAAAUACUGAACUUGCGAAAUCAUAUUUUGAACAAGCUGUUCGUACUAAUCCAUCGUGUUCUCGUUCAUUAUAUGGAAUAAUUUUGUGUUGCAUAAGUUUAUCAUCGAAAAGCAGUGGUCAAAGGAAAAAGGAAAUAGUACAGAGUGGAUUAAUAGCCAUUGAAAAAUUGAUAAGCGUUUAUGAAGAAGCUUCAGGAAAGGAAAAAAAUCCAAAUAUUGCAAUGGAAUUGGAGAUAAUAUCAAAUUUUAAAACACAGUUACAAAGCUAACUAUACCUUUAUUUGUUGUCGAAUGUUUGUGUUUGCUUAUCGAUAAUGUUAGUUAGAUUUAAGCUGUUUUCCUUCCAUUCUUUUAUAUGGACUAUCGUGCUUCAAUGAUAAGAUAUAACACUAAUAUUUAUUUCUUUUCUCUGAAUGAUACUAAGUUCUCAAUUUCUAAAUAAACUUUUCAUAUCUUCACGAUUAUAGUAUUUAUACUGCA